UCAACCUUGCAAUCGAUUGCCUAUACCUGUGCUACUACCAGCUAUUCAUUUUUCAAUAACGCUUUGUUACAAAACAAGUAUUGAAAUCUGAAUUUUUCAUGAAAACGUUCCGAAUGUAAGGCAGACACAGUGAAUAGUUGAACUUGAUAAGUUACCGUGUUCACGGAGUAAAAGAAAUAUGUUCAGCGGACGAAAUGAAAAACCUACGGUUGCUUUGUUUUGGUUACUGGUUGCAUCGAUUAUUUUCCUGGGUCUUGUCUUGCACAUUGUAGGGUUUUCCACCAACGAAUGGAUUAAAGCGGAUACAAUAUCGAUGGGUUUAUGGAGGGCUUGUAGUGAUAGUGCGUGUUUUUCAAUGGACAGUAUUCCACUUAACGACUGGAUGAAGGCUGUACAAGCAAUGGCCAGCCUUGGCGUUAUACACGGCUUCAUAGCUUUGGUAAUGGUCCUGACCGUCCUCGUCAGCCCCCGACGCUUUCACCUGCUCAAAGGUGUUUGUGUGUGCUCUACACUUGCAGGAUGUGUUGUAUUGAUUGGCAUCAUAGUCUACGGUGCAGAGUCAGAGACCGACUCUUUGGGGUAUUCGUUUGGCUUGAGCUGCGCUGGCGGAAGCCUAAUGUUGAUCGCAGGCGUGAUGCUAAUAUUGAAUAUGUGCACUACUUCAAAUAGCCGACCACAAAUCUACGGUGUCCAAUACCCUAUGACAGGAAAGCCAAUUUAUGAGCCCAGUUACCCGCAGGAGUUGCAUGCUGGUGUCGUGCUUGACAAUAAGCCAAAUAUUUAUCCGGAUGAUAGGAUGUCUAGGGUGAGCGAACGACCGACGUGGAAUGAACGCUUUGAUAGAUUUGAAAGGCGAAACAGGUCCGUUGACGAUUUCGGGGCUAGAAAAGACCGUUAUGAAAAUUUUGAUCGCAUGGCCAAUAGACUGUACCAAUCUGGUCGUUUCGACGCAUCACCUUAUGUUGACGACCGAUUCCGAAGAGAAGAUGCACUACGUCGUUACGAAAGUUUGAGUUAUUAUCCUCGACCUGAUAAACGUAUUGCUGAACAAUCGCCCCGAUUGAACGAGCGUUACGAACCGUUUCAACGCCCAAAUGACCGUUUUGAACUGCAACCAGGACCCGUCGACCGUUUUGAACCGCCACCACGCUUUCAUGGCCAAAAUGACCUGCCACGUGGCAUCGAAAGUCGAUAUGACCAGCCACGCACCGAUGGCCUUAUUUAUUCGCCAUUACGAUCUGAACAAGCGCCACGAAACGUCGAUCGAUCUGCAGAACUACCGCAACUUUACAACGGCAGAUACGUACCUCCGUCGCGAUAUGAUGAGAUGCCGCGUCAAGUUGAUCGGCUUGAUGACUUGCCUCGACGUUAUGAUCAGGUCGCAUCGUCACAGUAUCGGUACGACCGGUACUGAACCGGAUUUCUCUACAACAGAGACGUACAACACAACGCGCCUUAAGACUGUAAACAUUUAUUUUUAACAGACAACUUACGACAGCGAUGCAAAGGUUGGGAGUAAGAACUGUAGUCUUCAAUUUAUACCAUGGCUAAAAUUCACCCAUGUUUAAUUAUAUUUUCAACUGUGCGGAAUACAUUGUAAAACAAACUAUACAAUUCAGAUGGUAAUGGCCCUGUAUCGUGCUCUAUCCAGUUCUUUUGUGAGAGUUGUAGCCCAUUUUUUUGUAAGAAAGUGUUUUAUUUUAUACAAACACAAUAUUAACAACAUUUAGAAACACGCACAACUGGUUAAAAUAUAGUUGUACAUGGUUUUAUAUAUUCUUAGACAAUUUGUAUUACACAAAUGGAAAAGGCUUGGAUGUUUUGUUUGAUAUUUACGUUUCCUGAACUGUUUGUCUAGCACUGAUAAAUGAUAUAAUAGAAGCGAAUGUGAA